AUGGCUGAUGGUAACAAACAAGUUGGUAAGCUUUUUCUGAAUUUUUAUAUUUUUUAAAUUUUUAUAUUAAAUUUGCUGUUUUUUUAAUUUGUUUCUCUAAUUGCUCUUCUUAAAAUUGUAAAAUCUUUUAUGAAAGGUUGUUCCAGCUUGUCCAGGAUUCAACUCUUACGAGCGGCCGCUGUAAGUUUUUCACAAUAUUGACUAGGGUAUCGUAUCAAACCCUCUGCUUUUAAAAUAAGACCUAUAUGUUAUGACAGAGGAUAAAAAGUUACCAGGAAAACAGUUUUCAAAAAACUGCUAAAUUGUUCCGGCUAGCGAAAUAUUAGCGGUCAAAGAAGUUACAUAGGAAAAGAAACUCUUAGGCUCUUCUCUUUUGUCCUUCAAUACUCAUUAUUUCUAUUACAGAACAUUGGACAGAGAUACGUGUAAGAAUAUGUCAUCGUACGGAUUCGAAUUACCUUUGCUAUACAACAAGUUUGUCUUCAAAGAUUACAACAUCAAAUUUCGCAUAGUAAGUUAACUUAUAACUUGUUAUAGGUAUAGUAAGUUAACUUGCAACUUGUUAUAGGUAUAGUAAGUUAACUUGCAACUUGUUAUAGGUAUAGUAAGUUAACUUACGUCUUGUUAUAGGCAGUAAAGCUACAUCUUGUUUUAUCACCUUACAGGACUAGUUUGUGUGAAUAUUAACAAGUUUUUUACUUUGAAAUAAUGUUUGUUUUAUUAUUGUUCAAAUAAUUCUGUGCCACUCCAAAAAUUUGCUUUGAAAAAGAGGCGCAGAAUUAUUUGAACAACCGAAUAUCUUCAUAUAGGCUUAUAGCUUUUAAUUUCAGGGUAAAGUUGAACGAAAAUGCGUCUUUUUGUAAGUUUUUUACAUUUUUAGACAUAUCUGCCUAAACUUCAAAAAUAUUUUUUUAAUUGAAUAUUUAGCUAAUUUUUGUAAAUUUUUACGAAAUGUCUUGUCAAUAAUCAAAAAUUCCAGAUUCAACUUGACCAUCAACGACUGUCAGGUCUCGAUUGGAUACGACGAGAAGACUGGUAGAGUAUAUGCCAAAGAAGGCUACACUUUAAUGCUGUCAAGUGAAUUGAACUUGUUGCAAGUACAUUAUAGUACUGAUAUAAAUCCUGAUAAGUACGAACUAAUAGGUCACUGUAAUCAUGCUAGCUCUUGGAAGUUCAUUAGAUACUUGUCAGUCAAGUUGGAGAGUAACGCUCCUGAAGAAGAGUCGGAUUGCGUCUUUAUUUCGGUAAGAUUUCUGGGUUUUUGUAGUUUAUCGUGCUGGCAAAUAUGGGUGUAAAACGGGCUGGGCCUACUUCUGAGGACUGGCUAGGCCUGGCUUUCGGGUCGGGCGCGGGGCCUAACGUGGCCCGGUCUGAUUCACUCUUAACUCAUGACUGGCCCGAUUGUAAGGCCGAACUGGGCCCAUACGGCUUUUUUCUCAGCUCUACUGCUCUAACGUACGUAAUGCAAAAUGCCAAUUGCUUCGUUUUCGUGUCGAGACCUAACGUGGUUGUAACUGAGCCAACUAUUUAGGCUAUAACAAUCUUUUUAACUUCUAUCUUUUUAACUUUGUAUAAGCUACCAACUACUCUCUAACACAAUAUAAACCAUGAAUCAUUUCAGGCAGACCCAGAAUUAGCCCUAAAAUACGACGCGACUGGUACCAGCGACGAAUUAGAUCCAGAAGAACCAAUUGACAGCUUCCGAAGUUGGGCCGAUGACUUUGAGUGUAAAGAGUACUGUUUGAUCAUCGCUUCAGGCCAGUUCGUGGUACUGUAAGUUUUUCAAUUUUUGUUUUUUAGUAUUUUAUACCGUUCUUCAGGUAUAAUUUACCUCAUGGAAGAGGUCACCCUACGGAAUAGGUCACCACUGAAUAGGUCUUUUCCGGGAAUAGGUUCUUAAAUCGGUCACCUUACUGAAUAGGCCAGUUCUAAUGUAAAUUCAGAAAUAAACUAGUUUUAGCUUUACCCAAGCCUACUCUUGCCCAUUUUAGUCUUAUCCGGCCUAUUCUAGCCUUAUCCAAGCCUUUAUCCCCAAGAACUUUAGCCCUAUUUAAGCCUCCUUCCCUCAAGAACUUUAGUCUUAUCCAAGCCUAUCCCUAACUAUUUUAUUCCUAUAUACCUGAGUUAAUCCUACCCGUUCUAGCCCUUUCCAAGCCUAUCUCUGUCUAUUUUACGCAUCGUUCAGGUAUGUUACAGUAGAUGCCCUUUAUAAUCAACUUCAUGGUUUAAAUUCUUCCAUAUUGUUUUUGUUGUAGCACAAGUAAAAGAAAUUGAUAAAGAAAAUUUUUGGUAUAAUCGACUUAACUUGAAGUUACAUUGUGUUUCUCAUAAUGAAAGCUUGCUGUAACAACAGAUUUUAAUUGGAAACUUGAAUUAAAAUUGUUAUAUGUAUUCAUUGUGUUAUUAAGUUGUUCAAGUAAUUAUGUGACCCCUAACUCUGAAAAUUCGCUUUGAAUUAGGGCACUGAAUUAUGUAAACAACCUGAUGUUUUUAGAUUGUUGUGCUUGAUAUUGUGCUUGGUGGCAGCUUGUAUGGUCUCUAGAUUGACUGUAAGUUGGCUAUGUUAAUAUAUUUUUUGUAUUUUAAUGCCUAAUUAUCCUUUUUUUCGUAUUUUUAUACCUAAUUAUCUCUUUUUGAAAAAAAAAUUUGUGUUUACAAGACUUUCUUUUUAAAUCCAUUAAAAUUUUUUUUUAAAUUGAUUUUAAAAAUAUAAUUUCAGCGUGACAACGAUAAAGGAGGUUGGAUCGAGCGUGCCGAGGAGAAGAAACGUCUACAUCGAAAAGCACAAAAGGAGAAAGAAAAGAAGAAAGAACAGGAAGAAAAAGACGAAAAGGACAAAGAACCCAAUUCAGACGACGACUACAAAGAACCAGAAGCACCACCAGCUUCGUCCAAUCCAGAUGCGCCACAGAAAUCUCAAGACGAGACUGUGCUUGACUCCAAAAUUCUGAAUACUCAAUCGAAGGCUCCUUAA